UUUCCCGCCCCCGCCGCGCUCCCUCCUCCAAAAAGGCCCCGCCUUGAUUCACCAUCCCCCCUCCGCCCGGACCCGCAAGAUCUCCACUCCUCGAUCGAUUGAUAUCAGACGCGGCCGGGUCGGCGGAAGGCGGCGGCGGCGAUGAGCGCGGUGAACAUCACCAACGUGGCGGUGCUGGACAACCCCACCGCCUUCCUCAACCCCUUCCAGUUCGAGAUCUCCUACGAGUGCCUCGUACCCCUCGACGACGAUCUGGAAUGGAAGCUCACAUAUGUUGGAUCAGCUGAAGAUGAAACUUAUGAUCAGCAACUUGAGAGCGUGCUUGUUGGACCUGUCAAUGUUGGGACCUACCGUUUUGUCUUCCAGGCUGACCCACCGGACCCUUUAAAGAUCCGCGAACAAGACAUCAUUGGUGUCACCGUGCUGCUAUUGACAUGCUCCUACGUGGGUCAGGAGUUCAUGAGGGUGGGUUAUUAUGUGAACAACGAUUACGAUGAGGAGCAGCUGAGAGAAGAGCCCCCAGCAAAGUUAUUGCUUGACAGGGUGCAGAGAAACAUUUUGGCCGACAAGCCCCGUGUCACCAAGUUCCCCAUCAACUUCCACCCUGAACCCGGCACGAGCGCAGAACAGCCGCAGCAGGAUGCAGAACAGCAGCAGCAGCCGACUUCACCGGAACCACAGAAGGCUCCAGUAGAGCCACAGAUGGCGCCACUAGAGAACGUCCACAUUGCUGCCGAGCAAUGAUCAGAGUUGGGGUGCUUACAGUCUGUUCUCCAUGCCUUCUAUGGUGUCUUAAUGUUACGAAUCGAGAGUGGUGGUUCUGCAUUGUACUGGUCUGUUGUUGACGUUUCUCAAUAUGUUGUGUUGUAAAUGUUGGGUGUCUAGCUAUUUCUUGAUAAAGAGUACUUCUGCCUAUUUUGUUGCACAUAUUUGAUUUCUAUUGAGACUGGAAUGCUUCAGCCUGAAC